CACCUUCUGCUCUCCAUCUCCCUCUCUUCUCUGUACAUCGCUAUCAUCAUUGUGAAGGUGGUGUGAGUGGCAGGGCUAGGAGGAAGACACGCAGCAUCAGCACAGGCAUCCCCAACAUCAUCGUCACUCAGAAUUCCUUCACCUAACAGGGCAGAAUGGCAGAGGGCUCCGUAUCAGUAGCAGAGGUGGAGACGUCCUUCAAGAAGUUUGCCAUUCAUGGGGACACCAAGGCUACUGGGAAGGAGAUGAACGGGAAGAACUUUGCCAAACUCUGCAAGGACUGCCGGGUCAUCGACGGCAAGAACGUCACUGCCACCGAUGUGGACAUUGUCUUCACUAAAGUCAAGGCGAAGACAGCUCGUGUGAUCGCCUUUGAGCAGUUCAGCCAGGCCCUGUCAGAGUUGGCCCCGAAGCGUUUUAAAGGGAAGUGCCAGGAGGAGGCGCUGCAGCAGCUCUACGGCCUCAUUGCAGGGAGGGAGCCUGCCAACGCUGGCGUCACUAAAGUGGCCAAGGCAGCGGCGGUGGACAGACUGACAGACACCACCAAAUUCACAGGGGCACACAAGGAGCGGUUUGACGAGUCGGGCAAGGGGAAGGGCAAGGCCGGGCGAGUAGACAUUCCAGAUGCCAGUGGCUAUGUGGGUGCCUACAAGGGCAAGGGCACCUAUGAGGAUAAGGUCAAGGAAGCAUAGGCAGGACAGAGGGAGAGAGAGAGAGAUAUGCUCAGUCAGAUCCUACUAUUUACCCCAAGACCCCUCCUAAAUAGUGUAAUUUAAGUGAGAACUUGCGUAAAUGUAUAUUAAUGCACAUACUGCGCAGGUAGGAUGGGCUGGUCAGUCACUGAGUCAAAGUAUUAUAUAUCCUUUAACGUUGCAUGUUGGGGUGGUGGUUGUUAUGAUGGAGAGGGGAGGUGUAAGGGUGAGGAGUAAACCUGGAUAGAAAACAAAACAGUGACCAAAUUCUAUGUCAAUAAAAACGUGAAUAAUAUUUAGAUAUAUUCACCUUCCCAAGCGCUCCAACCCCUGACCCUAUCCCUCCCAGCUUCACUAGAUGCCUCUGUAUGAGUCGUUUUUACUUGUUUGUGUUGUGUAUAAUAUAUACUGAACAGAAAUAUAAACGCAUCAUGCAACAAUGUCAACAAUUUGACUGAGUUACAGUUCAUAUAAGGACAUCAGUCAAUUGAAAGAAAUUCAUUAGGCCCUAAUCUAUGGACAGGGGCGCAGCCAUGCAGCAUUUCUCCUUUGCCAAGAUAAUCCAUACACCUGACAGGUGUGGCAUAUCAAUAAGCUUAUUAAACAGCAUGAUCAUUACAAAGGUGGACCUUGUACUGGGGACAGUAAAAGGCCACUCUAAAAUGUGCAGUUUUGUCACACAACACAAUACCACAGAUGUCUCAAGUUUUGAAAGAACAUGCUCCAGAGCUGUAGCCAGGGAAUUUAAUGUUCAUUUCUCUGCCAUAAGCCACCUUCAAUGUCGUUUUAGAGAACUUGGCAGUACAUCCAACCGGCCUCACAACCGCAUACCACGUGUAUGGGGUCAUGUGGGCGAGCCAUUUUCUGAUGUCAACUUUGUGAACAGAAUGCCCCAUGGCGGCAGUGGGGUUAUGGUAUGGGCAGGCAUAAGCUACAGGUAACAAACACAAUUGCCUUUUAUCGAUGUCAAUUUGAAUGCACAGAGAUACCGUGAUGAGAUCCUGAGGCCCAUUGUCGUGCCAUUUAUCCGCUGCCAUCACCUCAUGUUUCAGCAUGAUGUCAUAAGGAUCUGUACACAAUUCCUGGAAGCUGAAAAUGUCCCAGUUCUUCCAUGGCCUGCACACUCACCAGACAUGUCACCCACUGAGCAUGUUUGAGAUGCUCUGGAUCUACGUGUACAACAGUGUGUUUCAGUUCUCGCCAAUAUCCAGCAACAUGGCACAGCCAUUGAAGAGGAGUGGGACAACAUUCCACAGGCCGCAAUCAACAUUCUGAUCAACUCUAUGUGAAGGAGAUGUGUCGGGCGGCAUGAGGCAAAUGGUGGUCACACCAGAUACCGACUGACGGGUUUUCUGAUCCAUGCACCUACUUUUCUUUAAGGUGUCUGUGACCAACAGAUGCAUAUCUAUCAAAUCAAAUGUUAUUUGUCACAUGCGUCAAAUACAACAGGUGUAGACCUUACCAUGAAAUGAUUCAUUACAAACCCUUAACCAACAAUGCAGUUAAGAAAAAUAAGAGUUAAGAAAAUAUUUACCAAAUAAACUAAAAGUUAAAAAAACUUUAACAGUAACGAGGCUCUAUAUACAGGGCGUACCGCUACCGAGUCAAUGUGCAGGGGUACAGGUUAGUCGAGGUAAUUGAGGUAUGUACAUGUAGGUAGGUGUAAAGUAUUCCCAAACAUGUGAAAUCCAUAGAUUAGGGCCUAAUGGAUUUAUUUAAAUUAACAGAUUUCUGUAAUAUUGUAACUCAGUAAAAUCUUUGAAGUUGUUGCAUGUUGCGUUUAUAUUUUUGUGACCAGUAACCCAUGACCGAACAUUUUGUGCCCUCUAGUGUACAAAACAAGUUAAAACAUCCCUAGACAGAACAUAUACAACACAUGAAAUGAUAUAUAGGCAGGCCAAAUGCCUCCUACAGGCACAGUCAUCACUCCUAUUACUGCAGGAACUCACUUAGUUCUACUACUACUACUACCACACAUUUUGCCUUAUCAUUGAGGUUGCGACUAACACUAAUACCCUAGAUUUAUACACUGCUUUCACCCAGCCUUCUCUACUGAUGUCCUUAGCUUUCAUCUACUCUGCUAUAAUAACUGUAUAUUGUAAAUAGAGAUAGUUGAAUGGAAGAAUGAAUGAAUAAACAAAUGGGUAGAUGAUGUAAUAGAUUAAUGAAUGGUGAAUGAAUGAGAAGAGAUUUCCACUGUAUCUGUACAGUGUAGCGCUUUGCCUGUGCUUUAGAAAUGAAGAGAGAAUAAGAGACCGAUGAGGACAUUCCUCCACUCCUCCAGUGAGGAAUGACUAAAUGAAUUGUUCUGUUGGAGGACUGGGAGCCUCCUGACUGCACUGCAUUGUCUCCUAUUGGGUUGUUGUUCUGUCCCUACUGAUCACAGUCUGUUGUGUUUUGUAUAGUUUAGCUGUGUCUCCCUCUAUUCUGAAAAGCUAUAAGAGAAUGUACAUGUUCAAAUAAAUCACUGAGCAGCAAUUCA